UUGCAAUUUUCGCAAUUGUGAUCAAUUUUGAUUUGAUUAAGCAAUUUGCGAAUUCUUGAAAAAAUAAUUUAUGAGGCUAACUUUCAAUAAAAUGUAUAUAAAAUUGAAAUAAAAAAUACAAUAUUUCAAGUUCGCAAAUUAUGUUGAUUAGGGGUUUCUCAUAAAGUUUGAACUUUGAAAUUUGAAUCUAGUGUAGGUAUGCUAAAUGUGUGCCAUGAGAUUAGCAUGAUGAAGAUUUAAAAGUUCGAUGCUACACGUAACACUCACAAAAAGAUGAUGGGUAAAUAGGUUAUGCCAUGUGGUGAGCGGAGAAUGUCCGAACCUCAGUUGUUGGAGCGGAAUUGCCUGAAUGAGGGCAGUAUGUCCGUGCCGGUGAACGUCAAGAGUCUGCAACCGCACUGGAAGGAGUUUGCAUGUGGUGGCGGCGCGGCUUUCUGCAACAUACUCUUGAGCUACCCAUUGAACAAGCUUAUAUUUAGACAGAUGAUGCAUGGAGUGGAAGCGACAUUUGCAUUGGGCCAACUACGGAAAGAAGGUAUGGGAUACCUGUACCGUGGUAUGCUUCCGCCUUUACUACAAAGAUCCAUGUCAAUGUCCCUAAUGUUCGGAGUGUACGAUGAAUGCCUACAGCCUCUCUUAGAGUACAAAGUUAACCCCUACGUUGCCAAAACAGUUGCGGGAGUAGUCGCAGGCUGUGUUGAAGCAACUCUGAUGCCAUUUGAAAGACUGCAAACAUUGCUUAUACACCCCAAAUAUCACAAUCAGUUCAAAAACACAGCACACGCCUCAAGUCACAUUGCUAGAUACUAUGGAAUUAAAGAGUUUUACAGAGGACUUGUGCCUAUUCUCUUGAGGAAUGGACCUUCAAAUGCCAUGUUCUUCAUCAUAAGAGAUGAAGUGCGUUUAAGACUACCUAAGCAAGAAAAUUUGGUAUAUGAAGGCAUACAGAAUUUUAUCGCGGGUGCUUCGAUCGGUGCUUUCCUGAGCACAUUGUUUUAUCCCUUGAAUGUUAUAAAGAUCGCCAUGCAGUGUGAACUUGGAGGACCUCACCGAACACUAGUUUACGAAUUCAACUAUAUUCUUAGAAAACGAGGAUCCAAGUUCACAAAUUUCUAUCAUGGAGCAUUACUCAAUAUAUCUCGAGCAUUCUUAAAGUCGAAACGCCCGAAGUACCGCGACGACUACCGUUACGAGAAGGCUUUCGACGCGUUCUACAAAUUGCAUCCCGAGGCGGUGAACUGGCAUCAGUCUCGUAUACGCUGUGAAGCCGAGGGCACCGAACUCUUCGUGCCAGCUAACUUGGAUGAAGCUGAUAGUAUACCUCUACUCAUCGCUCCGAUAUUGACGAAGUACGAAGGAGUUUACGUGGGAAUACACGACUUGUACUCGGAAAGAACGUUUGUUACUAUUAAUGGUAGCAGUUUGCAGGAUACGAUCUUGGAACUGCUGUGGGAACUGACGCAGCCGCUGCACAGCGGCGGCCGAUGUGUUGCGAUGCGCCGCAAUGGGAAGCUUUUCGUAAAUCCAUGUUCUGAAAAUCUUCCCUUUGCUUGCAAAAUAAAAGCUUCCAGAAUUAUCUACUACCCUGAAUGCGACACUUUUGACUCGCGAUGGAAGCUAGGCCCUAACGCCACAUGCUACCUAACGCACGUAGAGCCACAGCCAUGGCACGUGGCGUAUUCGACCUGCUACUCAGCUGGCGGGCACCUCGCGAUCUUAGACACGCGGGAAGAAGCCGAGUACACCCGGGAACUAUUCAAACAAAUAGACCAGCAUAAAACGCCUGGUGACUUCGCCUUCCUUGGGUUUAGCGAUUUGUUUCAACGAUACCACUACCGGACUGUUCUCGGAGGAAAACUGCCCGCAAACCAGAUAAACUGGGACUUCAAAUGUCCCGGUAACUUUACGAAGUUAGAAGACCGCUGCGGCGGCAUCCGUAGAAGCGGCCUUCUAGCCACCGGGACCUGCGGCAUACCUUCCAUGUUCUUCUGCGAGAAGCCCGCCACUGGCUCGUUCAAGCAUAAAAAAACGUUACGGAAUGACCCGAAUAGGUAUCGUAACAAGCAUAAAGUUUUUGCAAAACUUGAAGAUACGAUGUUAGAAGAAUAUACUUGAUACAAAAAGUGA